UAUCCGGCAUGGUUGCAAUAAAUGGAUGGCAUGGUUGCUUUCAUCAUGGUUGCAUAAACUUCUGCCAAGCCCUGUUCCAUGCGUUGCUAUGAAGAAUUGCACGUGUUUGUUUUAAAAUCUGAGGUAUCAUUUAAUCGUUAAAAUUUACUAGACGUAGGUAUUCGUUUGCCUUUAAAGAACUGCCGUGAGAAAUGGCAAGUAACGACGACGACAACGACGAUUUCGUCACGUGUGGCGUUUGUUUGUGGGAGUAUGACGAGGAAAUUAGGAAACCAAAAUUCUUGCCAUGUUCGCAUACUGUAUGUCUUCUUUGUCUUCAGGGGAUAGUGCAAGGUACCACUAUUAAGUCCAUUACAUGCCCCUUUUGCCGUAAUGUUGCUUCCAAAGAUAUCUCCGACUGUUCAAAGUGGAUACUGCCGAACAAUACCUAUGCACUUCAAAUGCUUAAACUUAACAAGCGAUCAGCUGUUCCAGAUCCAAUUGAUCUCAUGUAUCCCCAGAUGAAAAACAAAAAUCUUGAUGCUCUUUUAAAAUUAAAAGAAGAGUUACUGGAAAUCAAGGACACUGGAAUGAGCAAAUUAGCACUGGCUAUUCAGACGCGUAAGAAAGUUCAAGAAGAAAUGGACCUCAUUAUUGAAGCCAUCAAUGUUGCAGGAGAAGAAGCCAAAAAAUGUCAAGAAGAUAAUGAUCUUAGUCUGGCGGAAAUGGUCUCAGUCUGGGAAGAAUAUGAAUCGUCAGAUACUGAUCAAGAAACAGAAGCACAAAAUGGUCAAAAAAGGGACAUGGUUUUGUCCGAGUUGAUGUCACUAGUAGAAGGUUCCACAUCCACCGAUUCCGUCGACACACUGAAAAAGAAGAUGACGGAAUCGUUUGAAGUAUACAAACAAAAACUUGACGAAGCAACUGCGGUAGCUUCAGAGUACGAACGAAGACGGAAAACGAAGAUUCAAGUUCUUUUGUACGAUGAAAACGAUCGCCCUACAUCGACGCACCCCAUUUUAAAGAGCGGGUUUCGUUUCCUACCCAUCAGCCCUUCAUUAAAUGGUCCUUUAUGCCAACAAGAUUCAAAGUUGCUCUCUCAUGCUGUUUUCUGGUUUUUGGAGCGGCAGAAGAACUCAAUGGAAGAAGACCUUCCAUCGGCAGUGUGUGAUUCCAAAUCUUCGGCAGUCGUCACUUGUCCCUCUGCCACUGUUGUCAGCACUGUGCAAGCAUUGCCGACAUCAUUGCCUCCUAGACUGCCAUCCAAGAGCAAUAGAUUCGUCAUGGGCCAGUUUUCCAUCUUCAUCCUGAAAUUAUACAAGUCGGGUACUUUCCAAGGCGAAAUCCAUGUCCGCCCUUUGCCUGCGUUUCAUCCCGAGUUUGUUCAGCAAUUGGGAGAAUUUUGCUUCGAAUCGCCAAAGAAUUUUGGAAGUUAUAUUGACAAAGCGAUUCCUGGAGUAUUUAUAUCGUUCUCAUUGACGACUGAUUACCACCCGGGUUUCCAUCCUGUGGUUCCCAGUAUGUUUGAUUCCAAUUCGAAGAAGACGGGAACAGCAGACUCGAACACUACCAUUGGAGUCGCAAUGGUUGAAAAUGAACUUGGAUACAAAGUUGUUACUGGCUGGAACUUUAUCAUUCCGCUGAAAGACUGGCACAAUCCCAAAUGUGCAGUGGCUCCUGCGGUGACAAACAACGAGCUCUUUGGCCACAUCGUUCGAUGCACUACCAAAGGAUCCGUAACUAUCAUGAGCCAGUCUAGCAAGUCUGAACGGGGCAGCUAUUCGUUGACCAUAGAAUCCGCUAACAAAUCUCCCGACAAGUAGAGUUCGUGAUCUGAAUUAUGCAUCGAAAAGAAGUUUUAAUUUAUGUUUUUUUUGGGUACUUUUGUUUUUGUUUUCAUAGAGAGAAUGAACUCUUUAUGACUUAAAUAUAGCCUGAUAAUUAGUACUUGAAGACAAAUAAACAAUAAACUAAGAAAAAUAGUGACAAAUUCAGAA